AUGAGGAAGGUCAUACCAGGGUUGGUAGGAGAGACACAGAGUACAUUUGUGAAGGGCAGGAAAAUUCAUGAUGGGGCAUUGAUAGCGUGUGAGACUGUGCAGUGGCUGAAGGCUAGGAAGAAGAGUGCCGCGAUUAUUAAACUUGCUUUUCAAAAGGCAUACGACCGGGUCAAAUGGAGCUUUGUGGAUAUUGUUUUGCAGAAGAUGGGUUUCGACCAUAUAUGGAGGGGGUGGAUUAAGGAGUGUGUCUGCUCUGCGUCUAUGUCGGUUCUGAUAAAUGGGUCCCCCACUAAGCCUUUUAAGAUGGAAAGGGGACUACGACAAGGAGACCCUUUAUCGCCGUUUCUGUUUGUGCUAGUUGUUGAUGUGCUACAUAGGAUGAUCAGGGAGGCAGUAAGGAAUGACCGCAUCUAUCCACUUUUUGUUGGAAGGGAUAACAUUGAGCUGUCGCUCUUACAAUUUGCAGAUGAUACCAUUCUCUUCUGUCCUACUGAGGAAGAGACUAUCAUGAACUACAAGUGA